AUGGUAAAUGCUAAUAAAACAGAUUGGUCAAGAGGGCUUGAUGAUGCUCUUUGGGCCUAUCGGAUUGCAUACAAGGCCCCCAUAGGUAUGUCUCCAUACCAACUGGUAUAUCAAAAGGCUUGUCAGUUUUCAGUCGAGUUAGAGCACAAAGCCAUGUGGGCAAUAAAGAAACUGAAGAUGGAGUGGAAUGAAGAGGUGGAACAAAGACUUAAUAGGUUAAAUGAGCUUGAUGAGCUUCGCCUAAGAGAGUAUGAAAGUUCAGCCAUAUACAAAGAGAAGAUGAAGAAGUACAACGACCAAAAGACUGAAAAGCAAGAAUUUGUGGUUGAGGACUUGGUGCUUCUAUUCAAAUCUAGGCUACGCUUGCUUCCGGGCAAACUCAAGUCCAAGUGGACGGGACCAUUCCUUAUCACUAAAGUGUUUCCACAUGGAGCGGUUGAGUUGGAGAAUAUGGAGGGUGCAAAGUUCAGUAUCAAUGGGCAAAGCAUUAAGAUCUACCUGAGGCAUGCAGAGAGUGUCCAUGAAGUGGUUGAGGCAUAUCACCUUGAUGAAGUCUGCGUAAUCAAGGAUCUAGCGUCGUACCGCAACGUUAAAUCAAGCGCUUUUUGGGAGGCAACCCAAGGUAUAAAGGUGUCAAAAUGUGGAGUUUGCAACAAGGCCUGA